AUGGCUGCGCACGAAUGGGACUGGUUCCAGCGCGAGGAGCUCAUCGGACAGAUCAGCGAUAUCCGAGUCCAGAACCUGCAAGUUGAGAGGGAGAAUGUGCAGAAGCGGACUUUUACUCGAUGGAUAAAUCUCCAUCUGGAGAAGUGUAACCCACCUCUAGAAGUUAAAGAUUUAUUCGUUGAUAUACAAGAUGGCAAAAUCCUAAUGGCUUUGUUAGAAGUCCUGUCUGGGCGAAAUCUGCUGCACGAAUACAAAUCCUCAUCCCAUCGUAUUUUUCGGUUGAACAACAUAGCGAAAGCACUUAAGUUUUUGGAAGAUAGCAAUGUAAAACUGGUUAGCAUCGACGCGGCAGAAAUAGCAGAUGGCAACCCCUCUUUGGUUCUUGGGCUGAUUUGGAACAUCAUCCUCUUCCUCCAGAUUAAAGAACUCACCGGCAACCUCAGCAGAAAUUCUCCAUCUUCCAGCCUGUCACCCGGCUCGGGGGGCACAGACUCAGACUCCUCCUUCCCACCCACGCCCACCGCAGAGAGGAGUGCGGUGAUAUCGGUGAAAGACCAGAGGAGGGCCAUCAGGACACUGUUGACAUGGGUGCAGAGGAAAACAAGGAAGUAUGGCGUGGCGGUGCAGGACUUUGCAGGCAGCUGGAGAAGCGGGCUGGCUUUCCUGGCAGUGAUCAAGGCCAUCGACCCCAGCCUGGUCGACAUGAAGCAGGCGCUAGAAGACUCCAUGCGGGAAAAUCUAGAGAAGGCUUUCAGCAUCGCUCACGACGCCCUUCACAUCCCCAGGCUCCUGGAGCCAGAAGACAUCAUGGUUGACACGCCAGACGAGCAGUCCAUCGUGACUUACGUGGCUCAGUUUCUAGAACAUUUCCCGGAGUUGGAAGCCGAGGAUUUUGCGGAUUCCGACAAAGAAGCCCCUAUUGAAUCCACCUUCGUUCGCAUCAGAGAAACCCCUUCUGAACAAGAGAGCACCGUCUUCCUUCUGACUGAGAACGGGGAGCGUGCCUACACCGUCAACCACGAAACGAGCCACCCGCCACCCUCCAAAGUCUUCGUCUGUGACAAGCCUGAGGGCGUGAAGGAGCCCUGCGUUACCAGCCGGGAGCUGGCAGACAGCUGCUCUGAGUUCACGCACCAGAUCAUUGACCAGGUUCUCCAAGGGGUCCCAGGGAAGAUCAACAGCACCAGCGACCUGGCUCCAGAAUCUUCCAUCUUAUCAUCCAGAAAGGACAGCCAGAGGUCCACCUCUCUGCCAGUCAAGAAAACUGUGCACUUUGAGGCUGACACCUACAAGGAAGCCUCCUGCAGUAGGGACCCUUUCUACAGUCCAGACCUUCACUUCGAAGGAAGCCCAAGAGAGACCAAGGAGUCAUCCAAGCAGGACGGACAGGUCUUGGCAGCUGAGGUUGCCGAGGAAACACCGAAACAGGAGGCCCCGGAGAUCCUGGAAGCAGCCUCCAGUGAGGCCCCCAGCGAUGUGUCUUCAGUGGAUGGUAAGGUCAGUCAUCCUUCGACUUCCCAGACCUCUCCCUCCUGGAAUGGGGCGUCGGAGAGGGCAGCUGGCCCAGGGGAAGAGGGCCGUUCCCCGUCAUCCCUGGGAGAGGAUACCACUGUGGCCGAUUCCAUGGAGAUCGAGGUUAAGCUGCUGACUGCAGAAGCCGUGGAUAAGGAAGACUCUUUCGAAGGCAUACCAUUAAAAGCCUCGAAAAUUAACGACCUCGUAGAUUUUCCCUCCACCAGCCAGGCUUCCCACGAGGUUCCUUCGCCUCAUGAGAAAAAACCUGCCGGGGAGGAGGUGUCCGAGGAUCGUGCUGAGAAGUUGUGUAAAAGGAGAGGUAAGUCUGCCCACAGGAAGACAGAUUUGGAUGAGCCCCCCGUGAAGCCCAACCAGCAGGAACCUCACAAGGACCCUGGACCAGAAGACCAAGGCUAUUCUUUGGAGGCACCGGUGGAUAAAAAGGCAGAAGUGUAUGAAAAGGCCAAGCACAAGUCCCCCCGGCACCGUCGGGGCGAGGAGGAAGGGGAAGCCGAGGGCCCACGGGGCCUUGGGGGAGAAUUGCCUUCCAAUCCAGCCAGCAGCAGCAGCAGCUUGGAGACCCUCCACAGCCCCAGCAAAGAAGGCCUGGAUUUCAAGCCGUCUCCACCGCCCUCCAGGAUCUCCAUCAUCCCCCAUGACCUUUUCUACUACCCGCAUUAUGAGGUUCCCCUGGCUGCGGUUUUGGAGGCUUAUGCAGAAGGCGUGGAGGAUUUGAAAAACAAAGAAGUGGACCUCGAAGAGCCAGAGGGGUAUCUGCCGGACGCGGGGGCCGGGGAGGCCGAGGCCUCCCAGAGCAGCUGCAGCUUCGCCGGGCGGGGCAAGGGCCACCCCCAGGCCAGCAUCGCGGAGGAUGCCAGACCAGCCUCGGAACCCAGUCCCCCGUCCCCGCAGGAGGACCACCAGCCAAGUGAGGACGCAGAGAGUGUCCCCGUGCAGGGCCACCAGUCCCAGGAGUUUCCAAACUCGGAAAACUUAGCAAACCCAUUAGAAGAAAAGGUAAUGGAAGAACCGAUCAGCAGUAAAAGAAAGGAAAAAAGAAAACAUGUGGACCACGUAGAAAGUUCAAUAUUUAUAGCACCCGGAACUGUUCGCUCCUCAGAUGACCUGGAAGAAGACACCUGUGACCACACAGUCCUUUCCAGGACAAGUCACAGUGACUCCAGCAUUUACGUUCAACGACAUGCUAAUAGGUCUUUGGAACCGGAUCAUUUUAGUUAUGUUCAGUUGAGGAGCGCAGCAGAUCAGGAUGACAGAAGAAACCGAAUGUUAACCAGGAAGGCCAACAACUCGGGCGAAGCCAGGCCGCAAGAGAUCCACAGCCCACAGAGCGACUCGCUGAUGCAGUUCGUCCAGCAGCCAGACGUGAUGUACUUUAUCCUCUUCCUCUGGCUCCUGGUUUAUUGCCUGCUGCUCUUCCCCCAGUUGGACCUCAACGGACUCUGA